GUAGUAACAACUUUGGAGCUGGCUAGCUAUCUUUAAAGUGGAUCUGUAAAAUCGUCUUUGGUUGACAAAAAAUAACGUCUCGUCAGCUAGUCUGAAUCAUUGGAUCAGCCAUGGGAAAAGGUGGUGGUACAUUUGAGAGGCUUCUUGGUAAGAUAUGAGUAUCUAAACAUUUUACACCGGUGAUUGUUUUUGCGUAUUGUUUUGGCAGUCGUUUGUUUGGGGCUGUGGCACAGCCCUGCUAACAUUAGCUAGCUACCUAGCUAAAAUUGCCAUUGUCUGUGUUCAGUUCGACGAUAGGUCGAGGCCUGUAAUCGAUAAUUGUAUUUUCUAUCGAGCAUUGCAGUUUAACUGCUUAUUAACAACAUGUCAUUUAAUCUACCAAAACUAUGCUCAAACGCCACGUAUUUGCCCUGUACCCGGAAAGUGUCUAGGUUAGCUUGGCUAGCUACUCAAUCGGAGGAUGAUGUGCUGGCGAUUUUCCCGAUAUCAAAAUCAAAACAUCUUUGUUUUGUUGGAUAUCCCUGAUCGUCAGACAAAUAAUCUAUUGUUUUUAUAAUUUGCAUAACUUUCCUUAUUUGCUAGCUAGUUGUGCUAGAUAUAUUAGGUCGUUUGCUAGGAGCCUAGUUAGCUAUCCAGCUCACCCCCCCACUGCGGCAAGCAACGUCACCAGACAUCUUUUCCUAUCAGUCUCAUCAUAGACUCACAAAAAACCCCAAAACAGUUUAGACAACUCGCUGACAACUGUAAUCACGAGUAGAUUGCGUCAAGUGCUCUGACGUUAUUGAGGGUGCCGAAGGUUUAUGUGUCAAUCAUAAUAACAUCCAGGUCACCGGCGUAUCCUCUUGGUUUUGCAACAACCACAGGCUAGUUAGUUACUGUGUAGAAGUGCAUUCCAUAACAACAAACCUUGACCCACUCACUAUUAAUCAUUAACUAGGCCUACCCCACCACCAUAUUUUACUAAAUGGAGACAUCUUCUCAGUUUCACACCUACAGGUGAUCGCAUAAUAUGAUUAGUUACAUUUGUAUAGGCCCACACUCCAUGCCUGGACUUGUUCAUAUUGUAGUCUAAACUCUGCGUUCUUAUGUGAGGGAAAAAAGGCUGUGUUCUCAGUCAUUACUGAUUUGAAUAGGCCCAAGUCACAUUAAUCAAUAUCACCUGCUCACAAACAAACACACUACUCUACUGUUUAGAGAAAUAGCCUAUGCUUUCAGGUGUAAGGUGUUGUCUUAUCCACCCUGGUUAAAAGACCUAACACUUACACUAGUCUUUUUCUACUAGCACUGACUUUGCUGAUAAUGACUUUAUUGAGGGAAAAUGUAAGCAUUUCACUGUAAGGUCUACACCUGUUGUAUUCGGUGCAUGUGACAAAAAAACAUUUGAUUUGAUUUGUACUUGCUAUGACUGUGAUAUGUGGUUGUCGCACCCAGCUAUCUUAAGAUGAAUGCACUAACUGUGAGUCCCUCUGGAUAACGGCGUCUGCUAAAUGACUAAAAUGUAAAUGUUUAUGAUGAAAUUGAAUGAAACGCAUGUGAGACACUGAACCCUCUCCUCUGUCUGCAGAUAAAGCGACCAGCCAGCUGCUGUUGGAGACAGACUGGGAGUCCAUCCUGCAGAUCUGUGAUCUCAUUCGUCAAGGAGACACACAGUGAGUAGUAGAGUACCUAGUACACCCCGGCCCUGAUCAAAUUCCUUCCUUCCUUCCUUCCUUCCUUCCUUCCUUCCUUCCUUCCUUCCUUCCUUCCUUCCUUCCUUCUGGUAAUCACUAGCCUAAUCUCUCUGAUUGGGUAAGUGCAGUAGAUAGGUCUUAAGUGUUUCCAUGACUAGGCCUAUUUCAAGGAAGGAAGGAAGGAAGGAAGGAACCAUUUAAAAAUAAUUGAAACUAGUCCCAUAUUUCUCCACACAAUAGAAGCCUGUCUGGUCUGAUCAAUGCCUUUCUCUUCCGUGCAGGGCGAAGUAUGCCAUCGGUGCCAUUAAGAAGAAGCUGAUGGAUAAGAACCCGCAUGUGGCCCUCUAUGGUCUUGAGGUGGGUAACUACGCUGAACCACUCCCCUCUUGUACUGACAUAAUAAUAAUAACCUUCUAGUGCUGCUCAAAGGAUGGCUUCUUGAGGUGGGUUACUACGCUGAACCACUCCCCUCUUGUACUGACAUAAUAAUAACCUUCUAGUGCUGCUCAUGGGAUGGCUUGAUAAAUUACUCAAAUUGUGCCAUAUUGAGAUGUUUUGAAUAAUAAAUGCAUUAAGGAAAUAAUAUCCAUUGAUUUAUACGCCUCGAUCACACAAAUCAAAUAAAAUAAAAUUGUAUUUGUCACAUGCACUGAAUACAACAGGUGUAGACCUUACAGUAAAUUGCUUGCUUACAAGCUCUUAACCAACAAUGCAGUUUUAAGAAAAAUAAGUGUUAAGAAAGUAUUUACUAAAAUAAACUGAAGUAAAAAAUAAUUAAAGAGUAACAAUAAAAUAACAGUAGCGUGGCUAUAUACAGGGGGUACCGGUGCAGAGUCAAUGUGCAGGGGCACAGGUUAGUCGAGGUAAUUGAGGUAAUAUGUACAUGUAGGUAGAGACAAUAUUCAAUUUGUGCCAUAUUGAGAUGUUUUGAAUAAUAAAUGCAUUAAGGAAAUAAUAUCCACUGAUUUAUACGCCUUCGAUCACACCGACUGCGUCAUUGUGUUUUGGUACACCAGAAGUACAUUCAUUUCCAAUGGAACGCUGUGUUUGUCUCGCAGCAUUGCGUUGCAGAGGCAGUUGCAGUGAGUUCUGUGUGGUGCAUACAUUGGAUUUAUCGGAACGUAUGCAUCAAACUGUAUGCGUAGACGGCUUGACAGAAAUGGUGAACUUUUGUUGCACACACACACAUAUCCUGAUGAUGCUGCGUACCAUUUUGCGCGAUGACGCUGUGGCUGUGAUCAAGGCGAUAGGCUAGUUCCAUAGUAAAACAUCUGACAAUAGGCCCCUGUGUUGUGAAGUGUGAUAAUGAGUGUUUCUUCCACCUGUCAGGUGUUGGAGUCAGUGGUGAAGAACUGUGGUCAGACAGUCCAUGAUGAGGUGGCCUGUAAAACCACCAUGGAGGAGCUGAAGGAUCUACUGAAGGUGACCCUGUCUUGAUUCACCCCCUCUACCCCUCUCCCUGGCCCAUUCACCCCUGCCAUGUCCCAUCUUUCUUAGCUUGUCAGCGUCAUAGCAGUCUUUCCCUUCAAUUAUUUUCCAGGUGAGGCACAAAGGCCCUCAGGUCAACAUCAAGGGCCUCUUAAACCAAAAGUUUCAAUUUGAAUCCAACUGAACCUAAAUUAUGUUAAGCAGGUUACCCAGAUGUUUCUCUCUCUCUCUCUCACCCUCCCACUCUCCACUUGCUCAGUUCCACUCCAGGGAAGCUCCAUUGAGACCUGGAUGACCCCAUUCUGAUGGGUCAUUCCAGUCAUUAAAACAAGGGGUGGAGUCAGGCCUGACGAUGUCAUGUCCCUACCGUUACCUCCACCUCCUUGUUCCAUAGCAGUGUUCCUCUAGAGCGGACUAGCCAGCUCAGCUUUAGAUCAGAAAAGGAGUGCCUUGGUUGUUGUAUGUAGGCUUUCAGUUUGACAAAUUACAAGUUAUUCUGAUCUCAGUGUUGAAACUGGGAUUGUUUGGAUAAGUACUUCAGUGCUGCAGCCUAUCAUGUGAGGGUUUCUUGUGGACUAGGGUGAAGUUCCCCCUAGACACUGAUCUUGGGUCAGUUUUGCAUUUCCCCUCCACUAAUGGUGAAGGUUAGGAGUUGGGGAGAGGAAGCUGACCCUAGAUCUGAACCUAGAGGAAACUUCCCCCCGGAGUGCUCCUUGUGGAAGGAAUGCCCUCCCUGGCUCUGGAACUCUGGGCCCAUAGGACUCUGGUCUAAAGUAGUGCACCAUGUAGGGAAUAGGGUGCCAUUUGGGACGUAACCAUGGUGCUCACAGCUGUAAUAACACAGCAGACACCUCUCCCUCUGCUUUCUCCACCAUGUCUAGAUAGUAGAUGUAUUUAUGGUCCCUUUUAUACUGAAAUCAGCUUUGUGGUCAGCUACAGUUUGUACUAGUUGUACAUACGCAGUGUGAUCUAUCUGGGUGAUAUGUCUGAGCCUUGUGCUGCUGGCUCCAAUCCUUAUGACCUUGUCACCCUGUGUCUUAGCCUGAUAAUUACCCGCUGGUGCAGUAGUGAACUGCAAACCUGGGUACAAAUAAGGUUGGAAGUCUUUCAAAUAUUUGUAGUGCCAGAAUCUGCAGGCUUUUCAGACUAUUCUAUUGGCUCCGUUGCUCCAGGUGAGCUAUAUCCCGAUUUUAAAGUAUUUGAAAUGAUUUUCAAAUAGUAUUUGAACCCAGGUCUGCUUUAGUCUGACAGCCUGGGAGCUGCCAAGAGUUCAUUCAGUGUUCCUAAUAGAAAUGUAGCCUAAUGAGUAGAGUUGACACGAUUCCUUAUUCAACAUGACUGUCAAUUGUAUGUUCUCUACACAAUGCAUUUCUAUCUGCAAUGUUCUGAAUGUUCAGAAUAAAGAUAGAAAUGUUCUGAAUAAAACUGAAAUGAUGAGUCUCUAUUCUACCUGACAGUCGUAUAUGUUCUACAGAACACAUAUCUAUCUGAUUGUGAAUGGUAUGUAACGGGUGCACCCUCUUGAACAGGCCCCAGUUCAUUUACAGGAUACUCUAUACAGCAUGACCUUUGAUUGGCUCCCCACCCCAGUCAGGUGACCUUGGUCACACGCUGAUUCAGGUCAGACAGACUGAGGGACUUCCCACCACAAGUCUCUCCUCUCUGUGAGAGAACACAGGUUUGGCUCUGGAUAAGAGCGUCUACUAAAUGACGUAAAUGUUUAGCCUCUGAAGUAACGUCUGGAAUGGGAUUAUUUUUGGGGAAAAAGGACUAAAGGAAACGUUUUAGUUUAAAGUAUUUCUCUAGAGACUUGUUGUAUAGGACUUUGGUCUGCUAAAACAAGGUUAGAACUUUGAUUCAGUCUAGGUGUAUUCAUAUUAUUAUUGUAUAGAUUAUUAAUGUCUUAUAUUUUGGAAGAAGGAAGUGUUGUGUUUAUGUUUGUAAGGGGACUGGGGUGCCCCGUAUUAUUUUAUUUUUUGACUUAAUAUAGAGUAGCGUUUUUAAAUGCAAUUUAUCUGUCUAUAAAAGGUGUACUUGUGAAGUUGUACUCAGUGAGUGGUGAUGUGUUGCAGUGUAUCUGUGUGACACUGUAACUCAGUGAGUGGUGAUGUGUUGCAGUGUAUCUGUGUGACACUGUAACUCAGUGAGUGGUGAUGUGUUGCAGUGUAUCUGUCUGACACUGUAACUCAGUGAGUGGUGAUGUGUUACAGUGUAUCUGUCUGACACUAACUCAGUGAGUGGUGAUGUGUUACAGUGUAUCUGUCUGACACUAACUCAGUGAGUGGUGAUGUGUUACAGUGUAUCUGUGUGACACUAACUCAGUGAGUGGUGAUGUGUUACAGUGUAUCUGUCUGACACUAACUCAGUGAGUGGUGAUGUGUUACAGUGUAUCUGUCUGACACUAACUCAGUGAGUGGUGAUGUGUUACAGUGUAUCUGUCUGACACUAACUCAGUGAGUGGUGAUGUGUUGCUCUUAUAAACAGACUGAGCCCAACGUGAGGAAUAAGAUCCUAUACCUGAUCCAGGCAUGGGCCCACGCCUUCCGCAACGAGCCCAAAUACAAGGUGGUUCAGGACACGUACCAGAUCAUGAAGGUGGAGGGUAAGUCUCCCCCCCACACCACACCUCAGAUGAACCCCUAGCCCCCUAGGCACUCCUGAAGAGCUGAGAAGCGCAGUGGUCUAAGGCACUGCAUCGCAGUGCUAACUGUGCCACUAGAGAUCUUGGUUUGAAUCCAGGCUCUGUCGCAGCCGGCCGCGACCGGGAGACUCAUGGGCGGCGCACAAUUGGCCCAGCGUCGUCCAGGGUAGGGGAGGGAAUGGCCGGCAGGGAUGUAGCUCAGUUGAUAGAGCAUGGCGUUUGCAACGCCAGGGUUGUGGGUUCAAUUCCCACGGGGGGCCAGUAUAAAAAAAAAUGUAUUCACUAACUGUAAGUCGCUCUGGAUAAGAGCGUCUGCUAAAAUGACUAAAAUGUAAAUGUAAAAAAAAUAUUGGAUAGGUGGAAGAAAUAUAGUGGCAGCUCUUUGGCAUAUUGCUAAAUCCCAUCCUCUCAGAUGUCGUCAGGUUUUCCAUAUGGUGUGGAGGUUGGCUAAGAUUUGGGAUUCAGGCAUACAGUCACUAACACAUAGCAAAACAGAAAUGAGCAGUUUCACAGUAAAUAUUAAAACUUGUGUUAAUUUAUCCUGUAUUGACAUACUAUAUCUCCUGUUCUUCCAGGUCACGUGUUUCCAGAGUUCAAGGAGAGUGAUGCCAUGUUUGCAGCAGAGAGAGUAAGAGACUUCCUCUCACUGAUGUUGAUCUGGUUUGAUAGAUCCUUACUACUGAAUGCUCUCAGCCUGUGAGGAGGAUCUUUAAUGUCUCUCUCGAUCUCUCUCUCUCGAUCUCUCCAUCUGUGUGUCCGUGCGUGUGUCCAGGCUCCAGAUUGGGUGGAUGCGGAGGAGUGUCAUCGCUGCAGGGUUCAGUUUGGAGUGAUGACUAGAAAGGUAAGGCAACACAACAGACUAGCAGAAUGGCAGACUAGCAGAAUGGCAGACUAGCAGAACGGCAGACUACUAGCAGAACGGCAGACUAGCAGAACGGCAGACUAGCAGAACGGCAGACUAGCAGAACGGCAGACUAGCAGAACGGCAGACUAGCAGAACGGCAGACUAGCAGAACGGCAGACUAGCAGCACGGCAGACUAGCAGAACGGCAGACUAGCAGAACGGCAGACUAGCAGAACGGCAGACUAGCAGAACGGCAGACUAGCAGCAGCAGCAGUGGUUUGUGUUGAAAUGUGUUAUUUCCUUCCUCCUUCAGUAACACUGCUUUGGUUGGUGAUUGUUAGCAUUGUGUUGUUGAAAGGGAGAGAAUGAUAUGACUUUCUAUCUGUUUGGAUUAUUCUGUCUGACCGUCUCUCUAUUGACCUCCUCUUCUUCCUGUUCCAGCACCACUGCAGAGCCUGUGGUCAGAUCUUCUGUGGGAAGUGUUCCUCCAAGUACUCCACCAUCCCCAAGUUCGGCAUUGAGAAGGAAGUGCGUGUGUGUGAGCCCUGCUUCGAGCUGCUCAACAAGUGAGUGACCAGGCUAGGGAGUGGCUCAGCCAAAACCACCCUCAAUUCCGUUUCAUCAGCCUGUAUAUUUAAAAUGUCCUACUUUUAGCGUUCAUAGACCACUUCUAAAGCCUUUAGAAGUUGUUGUUCAAGUGGUAUAAUUUCAUGUGAUAGGUAGGUACAGUUAAUGAAUGAUCUGUAUGGAUACUUUUUGCUCUUCUACUGUAAAUGCCAUUCUGCUGCUCAGUACCCAUCGGUUUCCAUCCGUCCUUCCAGUUUAUUGUCCAUGUCCAACGACCUCUGACUCACCAGGUUGUCUGACCCCUGACCUCCCUUCUGACCCCUCUCCUCACCAGCCACCCUUCCCUCUCUCCCCCACCUAGGAAAGCUGAGGGGGGUAAACCCGUCGGGACAUCCACCUCCGUGGCCCCAGGCCCGGCAGAGCUGCCCCCAGAGUACCUGACCAGCCCCCUGUCCCAGCAGUCUCAGGUAGUGGUCCAGGAAACAGUAAGUGAAUGUAUGGCCUAGAGACGACCCCCCCCCCCCCCCCCCCCCCGCCCCCCCCGGUGGUGAUAGACAGGGUCAGGGUGGCUGCGUCCCAAAUAGCACCCUGUUCCCUAGAUCAUGGGCUGCUUUGGGCUCGAUACUAGUGCACUAUGUAGGAAAUAGGGUUCCAUUUCAGGUGCUGACCCAGAAAGUCUCACUGUCCCUAAUAGAGAUGACAUAGGGGAUAAUUUUAACAUGCCAUAAACUACAACGUGGGACUUGUAGUUUGAUGAGCUUUGUAGGGGGGGUUGUAGUUCGACGUGUUAAAAUGAUUCCCAGACAGAAAUGAGAUCAUCACCAAUCAUCCCUCCUCCCUCUUUGUUAUUAGAUUAUUCUAAGGCCCACCUGCUAUGUCCCUUUGUCCUCCCCCUAACUUCCCCUCCCUCCUUGACCGCGGUGGGAUUCCAGGUUGUCUGUGUUUGCAGUGAGGCUGCUCCUCAAUUCAUGCCCCUUGGUUGGGGAGCGAGGUAGCAGCAGUGUUCCCUUCCCUCUGCAGGAGGUCAGGAGGCUCAGAUGAUCAGAUCUCACAUCGCCUGUAGGAGUGUUUUAAAGUGAACCAUCAAUCCUGGAGCUGCAAUAAAAUGAUAAAGCAAUAUUCUUAGAAGGGAAGCGCAACUGCAAUGAAGACCACCUGGAACGCAGCCGUUGGCUUGUUUUAUUGCCCAAUGCCCACUGCUGCUUUACCUUCCCUGGGGCUUCUCCUCCAACACUCCCCUCCCUGGCCCUCUCCCCUCGGGGCCUCCCUCCACUCCCUGGUCCUCUCCCCUGGGUGCCUCCCUCCACUCCCUGGCCCUCUCCCCUGGGUGCCUCCCUCCCCUCCCUGGCCCUCUCCCCUGGGUGCCUCCCUCCCCUCCCUGGUCCUCUCCCCUGGGUGCCUCCCUCCCCUCCCUGGUCCUCUCCCCUGGGUGCCUCCCUCCCCUCCCUGGUCCUCUCCCCUGGGUGCCUCCCUCCCCUCCCUGGUCCUCUCCCCUGGGUGCCUCCCUCCCCUCCCUGGCCCUCUCCCCUCGGGGCCUCCCUCCCCUCCCUGGCCCUCUCCCCUCGGGGCCUCCCUCCACUCCCUGGUCCUCUCCCCUGGGUGCCUCCCUCCCCUCCCUGGUCCUCUCCCCUGGGUGCCUCCCUCCCCUCCCUGGCCCUCUCCCCUGGGUGCCUCCCUCCCCUCCCUGGCCCUCUCCCCUCGGGGCCUCCCUCCCCUGCCCUCCCCUGGGGGUUUCAUCUCUCUACCCUGUCUCACCAGGUGCCCCCCAAACGGGACGAGGCGGCCCUGCAGGAGGAGGAGGAGCUUCAGCUGGCCAUCGCCCUAUCACAGAGCGAGGCUGAGGAGAAGGAGAGGAUGGUGGGUUGUGCUGUAAAUAAUUCAAGUGAUUGUACCUCUACAGUGUGUAUGGAAAGACACUGAAACAUGUCAUGUGUGUCUACAGAGACAGAAGAACUCCUACGGGGUCUACCCCAAAGCUGACCCCGCCCCAGUCACCUCCUCAGCCCCGCCCGUCACCUCUCUCUACUCCUCUCCUGUGGUAAGACUUACUCUCUCCAUCCACUCCCUCCAUCCUCUCUCCUCUAUAGAUGUACUCUGUGUUACCUCCAUCCCCUCUCUCUCCUCUAUAGAUGUACUCUGUGUUACCUCCAUCCCCUCUCUCUCCUCUAUAGAUGUACUCUGUGUUACCUCCAUCCCCUCUCUCUCCUCUAUAGAUGUACUCUGUGUUACCUCCAUCCCCUCUCUCUCCUCUAUAGAUGUACUCUGUGUUACCUCCAUCCCCUCUCUCUCCUCUAUAGAUGUACUCUGUUUUCACACCAUUCUCUCUCUCCUGUGUAGAUGUGACUCUACUAAGUCGUGUGACUCUACUAAGUCGUGUGACUCUACUAAGUCGUGUAACUCUACUAAGUCACUUGUGAAGCAGUACUUAGUAAUUGGUAUAUUAUGAUAACUCCAUAUUAUACUGAACUGCUGCACAUCUUUCUUAUUUAAAUAUUUAUUUAGCCCCAUAAGUCAUCUUUUACAAUAACCACCUAGUUGGUCAUGAGGUGAAUAAUUGAGGGGAAAAUGGAGACAUGUACUCUGUUUAUGUGUUGUUAUGUAUGUUAACUUGUAUAUUCAAGUACCACUAUACACCUGUAAUUACUAUUCAGGAAGUCUAUACACCUGUAAUUCCCAUUCAGGAAGUCUAUACGGCUGUAAUUCCCAUUCAGGAAGUCUAUACGGCUGUAAUUCCCAUUCAGGAAGUCUAUACACCUGUAAUUCCCAUUCAGGAAGUCUAUACGGCUGUAAUUCCCAUUUGGGUAGUCUAUACGGCUGUAAUUCCCAUUCGGGUAGUCUAUAUGCCUGUAAUUCCCAUUUGGGUAGUCUAUACGGCUGUAAUUCCCAUUCAGGAAGUCUAUACGGCUGUAAUUCCCAUUCAGGAAGUCUAUACGCCUGUAAUUCCCAUUUGGGUAGUCUAUACGCCUGUAAUUCCCAUUUGGGUAGUCUAUAUGCCUGUAAUUCCCAUUCAGGAAGUCUAUACGGCUGUAAUUCCCAUUCAGGAAGUCUAUACGCCUGUAAUUCCCAUUCAGGAAGUCUAUACGGCUGUAAUUCCCAUUCGGGUAGUCUAUAUGCCUGUAAUUCCCAUUUGGGUAGUCUAUAUGCCUGUAAUUCCCAUUCAGGAAGUCUAUACGGCUGUAAUUCCCAUUCAGGAAGUCUAUACGCCUGUAAUUCCCAUUCAGGAAGUCUAUACGGCUGUAAUUCCCAUUCAGGAAGUCUAUACGCCUGUAAUUCCCAUUCGGGUAGUCUAUACGCCUGUAAUUCCCAUUCGGGUAGUCUAUAUGCCUGUAAUUCCCAUUUGGGUAGUCUAUAUGCCUGUAAUUCCCAUUCGGGUAGUCUAUAUGCCUGUAAUUCCCAUUUGGGUAGUCUAUAUGCCUGUAAUUCCCAUUCAGGGACUUAACCGUGUAUAGGGUCUGUCGUUAUUGGGACCUAACCGUGUACAGGGUCUGUUGUUGUAAUGUAUAAUGUGUGUGUUCUCCCCAGAACUCCUCUGCUCCCUCAGCUGAAGAUGUUGACCCUGAGGUAGGACACGUUAACUCUAGAAUUAAACCUGCUCGGCAUUUGAUGCAGUUACAUUUACACCUCAGACUGCACUGUAGUAGAAAUAAAGCAUCUAGAAACUAUACUGGGGUGAGUUUCCCAAAAACAGAAAGGUGCUUACUAGAUCAUUGGUUGUCCAUUGCCCACCUAUGGACUUAUGAUCUUAGUGCUAAAGAGGAUCUUUAUGUUUUUGGGAAACUCGCCCCAGGUCAGUAUGUCUAGUCAUGUAUUGGUUGAGAGGACAUUCCACACUAUAAUGACCUUCUCUCCAGCUGGCUCGCUACCUGAACAGAACAUACUGGGAGAAGAAACAGGAAGAGGCACGCAAGAGUCCCACCCCCUCUGCCCCUGCCCCCGUGCCAUUGGCUGCGGAGCCCCUGCCAAUCAGCCAGCCCCAGCCAGUGGAAACUCUCGCCCCACUCCCAGCCCAAGUCGUCAUGGCCCCGCCUCCAGUCAACAUAGUGGAGGUUAGUUGUACACUGCUGUGUUAUGAGAGAUGGAAGACAAAUGGAUUUUCUUAUUUAUUCUUGAAUUAUUCAGGUGAAAUUCCAUUGAUCAAAAAACAUCUGUUGUGAGGGAGAGCUGUCCCAAGAAGGCAGCAGACGAAACCAACAGUUCCAUUAACACCCAUCAUGCAUAGUAGCAGAGAUUGAAGUAGAUUUAGAUUAGAAAUGACUACAUGCUCUUUUCAUUAACUGUUUGUUCAUCCCGAAUGACUCUCCUCUUUCUCCCAUCCUCCUCUACUCCCCCUCCCAUCCUCCUCUCCUCUCUUCUCCCCUCCCCAGCAGCAGUAUCAGAACGGUGAGUCGGAGGAGAACCACGAGGCGUUCCUGAAGGCUCUGCAGAACUCGGUCACCACCUUCCUGAACCGUAUGAAGAGUAACCACAUGCGUGGUCGCAGCAUCACCAACGACAGCGCCGUGCUCUCUCUCUUCCAAUCCAUCAACACCAUGCACCCACAGCUACUGGAGAUCCUCAAUCAGCUGGACGAGAAGAGAUGUGAGUUAGGGGUGUGUGUGGGGAGGGGGGGGGGGGGGAUUUCGGUCACUGUGACUUUGUUUCAGUGUUUGUUUUCGUAAGAGAGAUUCUCUGAAGCCGGGAUUCAAUCUGAUCGCGCUUUGUCUGCAAUGCAUGUUUUAAAAACUAUGUUCCCAUGUUCGUGGAGACCACAUUCACUGUAAACAAUGAAUAUGUUGUCUCAAUCAGAAAUUACCUAUAAAUGGCGCAUUGUCCAAAUCUGCGAUUGGAUUGAAUCCCGGCCUAAGUCUUGCUGAAACCGUGAGCAUGUCUGUCUGUUGGUUUACCAUGUUAGUUGUCUUGGUCCUGUACCAUUUAACCACUAACUAAACACCUCCAUGUCUGUCUGUUGGUUUACCAUGUUAGUUGUCUUGGUCCUGUACCGUUUAACCACUGUCUAACUAAACACCUCUAUGUCUGUCUGUUGGCAGUGUACUACGAGGGUCUACAGGACAAGCUGGCCCAGGUGCGUGAUGCGAGAGCGGCCCUGAACGCCCUACGAGACGAGCACAGAGAGAAGCUGCGUCGUGCUGCAGAGGAGGCAGAGAGACAGAGACAGAUCCAGCUGGCCCAGAAACUAGACAUCAUGAGACAGAAGAAACAGGUGACAGACUGGGGGACAACAGCCUUGGUUUCUAUUGAUGUUUCUCAUGAUUUGUUUCUCAUGAUUUGUUGCCAUGACCACAGGAGUGAUGACGGACAACAGCCUUGGUUUCGAUCGAUGUGAAUGAUGAUUUGUUUCCAUGACCACAGGAGAAUAGGUACAGGUUGUUCUGCAGUAGGGGGUUAGUCACGUGAUGAGGUACAGGUUGUUAUGCAGUAGGGGGUUAGUCACGUGAUGAGGUAUAGGUUGUUCUGCAGUAGGGGGUUAGUCACGUGAUGAGGUAUAGGUUGUUAUGCAGUAGGGGGUUAGUCAUGUGAUGAGGUACAGGUUGUUAUGCAGUAGGGGGUUAGUCACGUGAUGAGGUAUAGGUUGUUCUGCAGUAGGGAAUUAGUCACGUGAUGAGAUAUAGGUUAUUAUGCAGUAGGGGGUUAGUCACCUGAUGAGGUAUAGGUUGUUAUGCAGUAGGGGGUUAGUCACGUGAUGAGGUAUAGGUUGUUAUGCAGUAGGGGGUUAGUCACGUGAUGAGGUAUAGGUUGUUCUGCAGUAGGGGGUUAGUCACGUGAUGAGGUAUAGGUUGUUAUGCAGUAGGGGGUUAGUCACGUGAUGAGGUAUAGGUUGUUAUGCAGUAGGGGGUUAGUCACGUGAUGAGGUACAGGUUGUUAUGCAGUAGGGGGUUAGUCACGUGAUGAGGUAUAGGUUGUUAUGCAGUAGGGGGUUAGUCACGUGAUGAGGUAUAGGUUGUUAUGCAGUAGGGGGUUAGUCAUGUGAUGAGGUACAGGUUGUUAUGCAGUAGGGGUUUAGUCACGUGAUGAGGUAUAGGUUGUUAUGCAGUAGGGGGUUAGUCACGUGAUGAGGUACAGGUUGUUAUGCAGUAGGGGGUUAGUCACGUGAUGAGGUACAGGUUGUUAUGCAGUAGGGGUUUAGUCACGUGAUGAGGUAUAGGUUGUUAUGCAGUAGGGGGUUAGUCACGUGAUGAGGUAUAGGUUGUUAUGCAGUAGGGGGUUAGUCACGUGAUGAGGUAUAGGUUGUUAUGCAGUAGGGGGUUAGUCACGUGAUGAGGUACAGGUUGUUAUGCAGUAGGGGGUUAGUCACGUGAUGAGGUACAGGUUGUUAUGCAGUAGGGGUUUAGUCACGUGAUGAGGUAUAGGUUGUUAUGCAGUAGGGGUUAGUCACGUGAUGAGGUAUAGGUUGUUAUGCAGUAGGGGGUUAGUCACGUGAUGAGGUAUAGGUUGUUAUGCAGUAGGGGGUUAGUCACGUGAUGAGGUACAGGUUGUUAUGCAGUAGGGGGUUAGUCACGUGAUGAGGUACAGGUUGCUUCUGACUGUUAUGGAGUUUCUUUACUUUAUGUUACAAGUGUUCUUGGUCUAACUGAUAGGCUCUGUGUUUCAGGACUACCUAGAGAUUGAGCGUCAGCCUGUUAGGUGGUAUCUGGUAGUUGUCUGAUGUGGUGGCUCUGUGUUUCAGGAGUACCUAGAGAUGCAGCGUCAGCUGGCCAUCCAGCGUCUCCAGGAGCAGGAGAAGGAGAGACAGAUGAGGCUGGAGCAACAGAAACACACCAUCCAGAUGAGAGCCCAGAUGCCUGCUUUCCCCAUGUCCUACCCACAGGUAGACACUACACUAUACUAUACCAUGGCCUACCCACAGGUAGACACUAUACUAUACCAUGUCCUACCCACAGGUAGACACUAUACUAUACCAUGUCCUACCCACAGGUAGACACUAUACUAUACUAUACCAUUCCCUACCCACAGGUAGACACUAUACUAUACCAUUCCCUACCCACAGGUAGACACUAUACUAUACCAAAUUCCUACCCACAGGUAGACACUAUACUAUACCAUGUCCUACCCACAGGUAGACACUACACUAUACUAUACCAUACCCACAGGUAGACACUAUACUAUACCAUACCCACAGGUAGACACUAUACUAUACCAUGGCAUACCCACAGGUAGACACUACACUAUACUAUACCAUACCCACAGGUAGACACUAUACUAUACCAUACCCACAGGUAGACACUAUACUAUACCAUGUCCUACCCACAGGUAGACACUACACUAUACAUACCAUACCCACAGGUAGACACUAUACUAUACCAUACCCACAGGUAGACACUAUACUAUACCAUGGCAUACCCACAGGUAGACACUAUACUAUACCAUACCAUUCCCUACCCACAGGUAGACACUAUACUAUACCAAAUCCCUACCCACAGGUAGACACUAUACUAUACCAUGUCCUACCCACAGGUAGACACUAUACUAUACUAUACCAUUCCCUACCCACAGGUAGACACUAUACUAUACCAUGUCCUACCCACAGGUAGACACUAUACUAUACCAUGGCCUACCCACAGGUAGACACUAUACUAUACCAUACCACACCAUACACAAGCUUACAGCAGGGGAGGCCUUCUCUCUGUCCUAUACACAGGGGUGGUAGUCUUCAAACAGCCUUGUAGCAGGGGUGGUACCACACACUGUUAUUCUAUAGAGGCUCUGUGUUAAUGGUAGCUACAGGUGUUUUCUGCAGUUUCACUGCAUGUCAGUAUGUAGUUAUAUCUUAUUAAUGUUAUUUCUGAGCUGUUUUAGCUGGCGUGGUGAGAGGUAAUGAUCCAUGGAGGACAGGUUUGGACAUCAGCCUUCCUUUUCCUCUGUAGUGGCUGUUCUUUCUGUCCAGCUCUUGUUUGAAGUUGGAUGUGUGUCAAUUCCUCUCCUUUCACACUAGAUGCAGUCCUUGCCCCCCAACGUGGCAGGAGGGGUGGUGUACGGGCAGCCGGGGGGACCCCCCAAUUACCCAGGCACCUUUAGCCCCUCAGGGUCAGUGGAGGGGUCGCCCAUGCACACCGUCUACAUGGACCAGUCUGGACCAGGACGGUACCAGGCCAUGCCACCAGGUCAGUAGAGAUCUUUUCACACCACUGAGUUUUUUUUACUCCAAUGAGUAAAAUAGUGUCUAGUUGAAUAGCAUGGUAGUUAGCCUGGGGGCCAGCGUGUUUCAGCUCUCUUGAUUGUUUGACGUGGCAAUGCAUUACAAAGAGGGGCAAGAUGUCACAAACAGAUCUGGGACCAGGCUAAGUGCUUGAGUGUCUCAGAAUCAUCCCAGUGAAAAAGGCAAUCAGGAGUGAACCCAGUAGAGUGGUAGAAGAUGUGUGUGUAUAUUCUGUAACGUGACGCUCCUGUGUGUGCCUCCGUUCUCCAGACCCAAACAUGUACAUGUACCAGCCAGCAGGAACCAAUGGGCAGCCUGCACCCCCUGGCCAGGCCCCGCCCACCACUAGCCCCGCCUACUCUAACUACCAGCCCACACCCACACAGGGAUACCAGGUGAGAACAGAGGGGGGGAUUGUCAUGCCUGUCAGCUAGGUAGCUAGGUUUUCCCCCCUUAAUGUGAAAUACAUGAUGUAAUGUCUGAUGCCAAGUCCCAGUGAGAGGCUCAGUAAUACACCGUCAGAUGCAGUCCUAUACUAGUGUCAACAUUUAAAAUGUAGUUCAGGUUCUCUUUCAUUUUGUUUCCCGGUCUUCACUUACUUUCUAAAGCUCAACGUGGCUCCUCUGCAAAAAGCCAUUUGACUGUUAUUUAGAAGUAGGAUCAUUAUGAGAUGUUUAUAAGACUUUAUAAAGGAGUCAAACAUGCUCAUUACAAGUGUUAUAAUAGAUUAUAACCACAUCAUAAUACAUUCUACAUGUAGCCUUUAAAUAAUGUGUUACUGGUGUCUGUAAUGUUAAUAUUCCUUGUGUCAUCGGUCUCAGCAGAACGUGGUUUCCCAGGCCCAGUCUCUGCCCCCCAUGUCCCAGCCUCCCCCCACUAACGCCAUGUCCUACGUGGCCUACCCUCCACCCUAUGCCAUGCAGAAUAUGAUGGCAGCCCUACCUGGGCAGGACCCUAACAUGCCCCCACAACAACCCUACAUGCAGGGCCCAGGACAACAGCCCAUGUACCAACAGGUAGGAGCCCUUGGUUUCUCUCUCCCCCCUCUCUGUCGCUCCUUCCUCUCUCUCCCUCCCCUCCAUCUCCCCCUCUCUGUCGCUCCCUUCCCCUCCUCUCUCCCUCCCCCCUCCCCUCCCUCUCUCCCGUCCCCCCCUCCCUCUUCCCCCUCUCUCCUCUCUCUCCUCUCUCUCUCUCCUCCCUCCUCCUCCUCUCUCUCUCUCUCCUCUCCUUCUCUCUCCCUCCUCUGUUUCUCUCCCUCCUUUCCUCAUUGUUCUCCGUCUAUAGUGUCUACUCCAGGUUGAACUUUGCCUGCCUCUGUCUGCAUAAGAGGACAGUCCUAUGUCAAGCACAUGUUUUGUCUCUAUAUGUUGUGGACUGCAUGAGGGUUGUGUAACUUCUCUCUGCACACUAGCUAUUCUCGUCCCUCUUCGUGAGAGGCUUCCCCUGUUGUCCCCCAGCAGCAGGUUCAGCAGCAGCAGCCUCCGCAGGUCCAUCCAGGCAGCGAGGCACAGCUCAUCUCUUUCGACUGAUCCAUUCACCUGGCUAGCUCAGCUUAACGUUACCAACCUGCUGCUGGCAGGGUUCAACACACUACACCCUCUCUCCUCUUCUGUUUUCUCCUCUCUCUCUCCUGUCCUCACCUCUCUCCUUUCAUCUUCUCCUCCCCUGCUCUCUCUCUCGCUCGCUCGUGGCCUGGAUUCCCCAACAAACACAUAUGACUCUUACAAUGUUUCUGUGAUGUUAUGGCAAUGUUGUGAAAUAUUAUUGUGAUGAUGUUACGGACAUGUUCCCCCAACCGACCCCGCCCCUCUUAGCAUCCUCUCUCGCCUUCUCCCCCACCUGACAUGGAGGAUGGGAGUGAGGAGGGGGUUAGGUAGGGCUACUAUGCACCAUGCAUACCCCAGGGUUGUAUUCACUAGGAAACAAAUGGAACCAAACCCACCUAGACGGGGAAGGACUACCUGAACUUAUAAGAAACACUUUCAGUUUUAAUGCGUUUUGCUACGGUGUUCUCUGUCUGUCUGUCUCUGUCUCUCUCUGUCUGUCUC